GCUCUGCGGACGCAAAGGCUGCCACGUCUUACAUUUCCGUUUCUGCGUAAACAAGAAAACCUAAAAAAAAGACGAAGCAAGCAGAUUCUCGCAACAACGAACAAGACGAGUAAAUUGGGUUCAUAGACGACGGGGGAAAUGCGAGUGAUGAGAUCAUUGCGUGGUAAAUCCGGUUCAGGAUUUGUAUUCCGGCCGGCGAGGUUAAGUUCUCUCCGGAGCGUCUUUACCGGCUGCCGUGCUGUGAUGUUGCCUCGCUUUGGCGGUCCGGAGGUUUUGGAGCUCCGGGAGAAUGUUCCGGUGCCGAAUCUUAAUCCGAAUGAGGUUCUUGUCCGGGCGAAAGCUGUCUCCGUCAAUCCUCUUGAUUCCAGAAUACGAGCUGGAUAUGGACGUUCUGUAUUCGAACCACAUCUACCUAUAAUAGUUGGACGCGAUAUCAGUGGUGAAGUUGCAGCAAUUGGGAAUUCUGUAAAGUCAUUUAAAGUAGGACAAGAAGUUUUUGGUGCAUUGCAUCCUACAGCGUUGAGAGGUACUUAUACUGAUUAUGGAAUUCUUUCGGAGGAAGAACUCACGGAAAAGCCAUCAUCAGUUUCUCAUGUGGAGGCAAGUGCCAUUCCUUUUGCAGCGUUGACUGCUUGGCGUGGUUUGAAGAGUAAUGCUCGGAUAACUGAAGGACAAAGAUUAUUAGUUUUUGGAGGAGGAGGAGCAGUAGGUUUUUCUGCAAUCCAGCUUGCGGUAGCCUCUGGCUGUCAUGUUACAGCCUCAUGUGUCGGUCAGACUAAAGACAGAAUACUUGCAGCUGGUGCCGAGCAAGCUGUUGACUACACAACCGAGGACAUUGAGUUGGUGGUAAAAGGAAAAUUUGAUGCUGUGUUGGAUACUAUUGGUGGGCCUGAAACAGAGAGAAUAGGCAUUAACUUCUUGAGGAAGGGUGGUAACUAUAUGACUCUCCAGGGUGACGCUGCAUCAUUGACUGAUAGAUACGGUUUUGUGGUUGGGCUUCCGCUUGCAACUUCACUCUUGAUGAAGAAGAAGAUACAAUAUCAGUAUUCUCAUGGAAUAGACUAUUGGUGGACGUAUAUGAGGGCUGAUCCUGAAGGUCUAGCCGAGAUUCAGAGGUUAGUUGGAGCCGGAAAGCUAAAGAUACCUGUGGAAAAAACAUAUCCAAUAACCGAUGUUGUAGCAGCUCAUGAAGCCAAGGAAAAGAAGCAGAUUCCGGGUAAGGUGGUUCUAGAGUUCUGAACUACAUAUAUACAUAGUAGCAAUAAUAACACCUGCAUAGUUCUCUAGCAGUUGUUCUUUCUAGAAUUUACACGCAGAGAGAAACAAAUGUUUUUGCGUCUGGAGUUUUCUGUAAAUGAGAUCUAUCAGGCUUAGAUUCAGAUAAAGAACUUGGUUUCUGUAUAGACUACUUUCCAAAGGGUUCGUUUUUAUUUGGACUUCGUCUGUGUCUCAACUUGCAGCAAAACUGAGUAAUGAGAAUUGUUUAGAAUGAGUUUUUGUUGUU